GCGGUUAACCAGUUACCUCCACUAAGGGCUCCGCGUAAUCCACCACUCGCCGAAGGUAGUAGCGCUCUACCAGGGGAGUCGCCACCGCCGGCGCCACAAAGAGAGUCGGUGCCGUCGGCCCAACUGGAGGCGCUUGGCCGACCGCAGGGGCCGCCGCCACCAAGAGAGUUGGUGCAGGAGGCGUCCCGCC